CGAAAGGGCCCUUUCCAUCUUACACAAGCCACUGGGCAAUUUAAUUUUACCUUUAAAACGCCAAAAGUUAUCCAGUGCAGAAUUUUUCUUUUAGACUCGCAGCCCCAGAUAUCUCAUUCUCGUUUUCACCAUGGCUCCAGCGCGACAGCAGCCGCCUCCGCCAUUCAGCAAGGACGAAAAAGUCCUGUGCUUCCACAUGGACAUGCUUUAUGAGGCCAAGAUUAUGGAUGUGCAGCCUGCAGAGAAGCCCAAUGAAGGAUAUCGGUACAAGGUUCACUACAAAGGGUGGAAAAACACGUGGGACGACUGGGUGCUGGUGGACCGCAUCCGCCCCUUUGACGACGAGCACAAGGAGCUGGCGGCCCAGCUUCACGCGCAGCUCAAGACUAGCAUGCAGAAAACGGCAAAGGUGCCCAAGAAGGUCGUCAAGAGCGGCGGCGAGUCGGCGCGCGGCAGCGAGGAGCGAAGUUCGGCCGUGACCCAGGGAGGUCGGGGUGGUCGAAGAGGCAAGGACUGGGAUCUCGAGCAGGAGGACGCCUUCCACAGCAAGCCAAUGAUCAACAUAUCCGUUCCUGAUCAUGUGCAGGCCAUGCUGGUUGAUGAUUGGGAGAACAUUACCAAGAACAACCAGCUUGUUCCUCUGCCUCAUCCCAAGCCUGUGUCCAAAAUCUUUGAGGAUUAUCUUGCUGUUGAGCGGCCACGCCGAGAAGAAGGCUCUUCGAGCAUGGACAUCCUGGAAGAGGUGAUUGCCGGGUUCAGAGAGUAUUUCGAGAAGGCUCUCAGUAGAAUACUUCUUUACAGAUUUGAACGCCAUCAGUACAUGGAUGUGCGGAAACUUUGGGAUAACGCGGAGGAGAACUCACAGUACAAAAAUGUCUGUGAUGUGUAUGGCGCCGAGCAUCUUGCCCGCUUGAUUGUCUCAUUACCUGAACUCCUCGCACAGACGAACAUGGAUCAGCAGUCGGUAUCACGCCUCAGAGAAGAGAUUGGAAAGUUCACUUCCUGGCUAGGGCGCAACUGCGAAACAUACUUUGUCAACGAGUACGAGACUCCAUCCCAAGAGUACAUUGACAAGGCACGGAGCUUCUAAGUUGUGUCUUGCCUCCUCUCAACCUUUCCAAGACAUGAGUGAGCUGCAAGAAAACGGCAUGGCGCUCCUCAUACAUGCCUAGGAUCGUACCAAGAACUCCCUUUGGCUAUAUUAUUUUCCUACAUUGUGUUUUUUGUUGUUUUUAAAAAGUUGGUAUCAAACUAGUGGGUUGAGAAUGGCGCCGGCCGCGGCUCGCUGGCUCAAAUUGGUUUCCCAUUCUACCAACCCUUUUGGCUUCAUUUUGUAGGAUUAUCGUUUUUUUUUUGUUUUUUUGUUAACGGAUAUCGCCGGUAAUGGGUACUGGAUAGCAAGGUGUUAAAUGUGAUGAUUAUUGUGGUUUUCUUCUUUUCAAUCACACAGGUAGAACAAGAGGAAGAUGAAAGAUGAUGGAGGAUGGAAAUAGCUACAAAGUAAUGCAAGGCGUUUGUUUUUAUGUCUACAUCUCCGCUUGUCUCGUGACUGCACAUCAUUCUCGUCCCCCCUCUCUUUCAUCUCGUCCGUCUUUGGUACAUUGUUGCCGUCACAAUAUCGUACACUUCUUUUUGAUAUAUCCCCAAGCCAAUAUAUAUACAUACACACAAUGCUCCCACACCAAACGAGCAUUCCAAAAACGCUCAUGACCAAAAAAAAAAGCAAAAAAACAUCAAGAUAACAUUUUUACAUCCGUCGCACCGCCCUCUCAACGUAAAACCCCUUCUCCGGCGUCCUCUCCGCCUUGACCUCGCCCUUGCUCAGCCUCCGCUCCACCUCCUGCACGCGCACCAGCUCCUUGACCUUCAUAAUCAUGCCGGCAAACUGCGGCUCCGCGGGGUGGAAGACGGUCUGCAUGCGGCGGCGCAGGCCCAGCGCCUGGAGCACGCCGCGGGUGCGCUCGGGGAGGCCGAUGGCGGAUCGGUGGAGGGUGAUGCGGAAGAAGGACAUGGUGUGUGUAUUUUUGUGUUCCCGUGAGGUUCGAUUGUUUGGAUGGCGAGAGAAAGGCUUAUUCGUCGUCUAGAUAGCUCGUGGAUGUUCGAUUGUCGUAAUUCUCCAAAGCACAAAUGUCCCAGUUCGCAGGCAACAACACUCAAUUUUUGCAACGAUGCAAUUCUCCAAUCCUGCCCUCCGCCUUGUUUUCUAGAGGAGUA